GAAUAGACGCCACCCUGCUGGAAGAGAAGCAGGUGGGCGCGUCUAAGGCGAAGAAGCAGGAGAAGGCGGCCAAGGAGGUGCUGCAGAGCAAGACCUUCGCACAGAUCUGCGAGGAGCCCAACGAAGGGGACGCGAAGCUGGCGCAAUCGCUCAGUGAGGAGGACCUGAAGAAGGUGGUGGAGAAGGCCUCCAAGGGCAUUAUGACGGCAGAGCAGGCUGACAGCGUUGCAAAGAAGAUCCAAACUGAAGGAGUUGAGAAGCUCUCUGAUGAGCUUCUCACUCAAGAAGAGGAGGCCAUUGAGAAGACCCUUCAACAUGCCACGGCUGCGUCAUUGAUGGCGCUGCAGGCGAAUGAGACAUUGCCGGGUUCUCUCAUGGAACUGAGCCAAGCCAAUGAACAGCAGCUGCAGGGCUUCUUCUACGGGAUGAUAUCUCUUUUGAUCUCGAUCAUUGCUCGAGUAAUUUACCUGGCCACGGAGGGAGCCUUCGCUUUGGUCUGCUGCCUCUUGAGCAUCGGGGACCUUACAGAAAAUGAAGGCCUUGGUGUCCACAAGGAGUUCACCACACUUCAGCGAGGUGCGGGUGUCCAAGUCUCCACUCGGUGCACAGGUCUUGAACAAAUGCAUCCUGGUGCUACAAAAGAGGGAGCCAGACCGGAACUGUGACCUAUUGACCACUGAGAGUCUUGAAACUGUGGGAAAGGUCAGAAUGUGCUCUGGGCACAACAGCUGUUGCGUUUGGUUACUCAGACGGAAGUGGUUUCACUUCUGGCUUUGAAAAGCCACCCAAGUAAGCUGAGUCAAAUCUGAGUCAAUGAGACCAGUCUUAUCGACAAGUUGUAUAGCUCAUAAUAUGUGAGGAUUGAGCAUCCAGUAAUAACGCAACCUUCAGUCGGCAUUUAUAUAAGCUAAUAGUAUUGUUUUUGAUUGCUGGCUUUUAAACAGAUCCUGCUGAGCCUGUUAGUAUUGUUUUUGAUUGCUGGCUUUUAAACAGAUCCUGCUGAGCCUGUUUAGGGAGUCGGGAACAUUCAACAUUUCAAUUCUGGUGCCGUUGUUUUCAUGGACUUUUUGCCGACUGAAGGUCCUUAAAGCCAUGCACCCCCUGCGCCUGUUGAUUUUUUUUGGAAGGGCUGAAAUUUCAAUCCUUUUUCAACUCCCCUCCUUCGAUCGACGUUACAUCGAUUAAAAGCUGCGCGCGCAGUGAUGUGGCCAUUAACCUGCCCGGUCAUGGUGCUGCGCUAUGCUGCUGGCUUGGGCAGCAACCCGGAGGACAGGGACGCCUUCUCCGAGAGCAGCUUGGGCUGGCGUGGGGUGAUCGAGGCCUUUCAAUAUGACUGAAGCACUGACCCAUCCGCACUGCGGUUGCCUCUGCAAUGCUGAAUGUCACGGCGGUUGCCUCUGUCGUGGCCCAUCCUCCCCAAAGCACGGAUGGGGCCGUCCGUUCUGUGACGUGCACCUGUGGAGUGCAAGGGUGGAAGUACUGUACACUGUGCAUGCUCUUUGAUUUGUGGGAAGAAAGUGACUCUGGCAACGUGAAGGAACAUUUCAUUCGAUGUCGUAUAUGUACUUUCGUCCGGGAUUUAUAUAGAUGCAAAAGGAAAUGAGUACGGAAUACUGUGUAUACAUGCUUUUUGGUUUGGAACAGAGAUUACAUUCAAUCUAGCAUAGUCGCUGUCAAGAAGAUUUGGACAACUAGUGUGCAUGGUAUAGAACGUCAAUGGCACAACAUAGAUUUGCUUAUUCCUUGGCAUUUUUCAGUGCUUGGAGCAUUUCAUUCGAAAACAUUGCUUCUUCUCUGACCAUUUCUCAAGCUUGACAUUCUCAGCACCCUCUCGUUCUUUGUCGAAACAUCUCGAUCAUGGUUCGGUUCCAAGUGGUCGUGCUUGCCUUCCUCUUUGUGAACUUCAAUUUGACCGGAGCCAAACGCACCCUGUCUGGUUCCGGCAACUCCAUGGAUGUGGUUUCUUCCGUCCCAGAGUCUGACUCACUCUUGGACUUGGACUGUGAUGUGGAUGCCGAGGAUCAAGAGAUCUAUGGUCCGAAA